GUAUGUAUCACGGUGAUAUUAGAAGUUCUUAACGUGUAUCUUUCAGGAAGUUGCAGAUAAGUUCUGUACUGAUCUCAUAGGGUAACGUUAUAUUGUUUCAAAGCUGAAGGAAGGAAAGGAAAGGAAGGUCUAGCCUACUUGGAAGAUAUAAAUAGUUACUGUGUAAAUAUUAGCCAACUUAUGUUUAGUUUUACUACUAUGUUGGGUAAAUGCAGACAAAAAGCACGCAUCAAACAGAUGUGGAAGUCAGUGGUGGGACACAACGUGAGCAUAAAGGUUGCAGAGGGGGACGACUGGGAGACCGACCCUGACUUUGAGAAUGAUGUGUCAGAACAGGAACAGAGAUGGGGGGCCAAGACCAUUGAGGGGUCUGGUCGAAAAGAACACAUCAGUGUAUCAGAGCUGAGACAGAAGGUGUCCCAGGAGCAUGAGGUGGGGAAGCAGAAGGAGCGAGCGGAGGCUCCCAAGGCCUCUUACGGUUACGGAGGGAAGUUUGGAGUGGAGAAAGACCGCAUGGACAAGGGGGCAGUGGGGCAUGGCUACGUGGCGCAGGUGGAGCAGCACUCAUCCCAGACCGAUGCAAAGAGAGGAUUCGGGGGGAAAUUUGGAGUGCAGAAAGACCGCGUGGAUAAGUCUGCCAUGGGUUUUGAAUACAAGGGUGAGGUGGAGCAGCAUACAUCUCAGAAAGACUAUUCAAAGGGUUUUGGAGGUAAGUAUGGGGUGGAGAAGGAGAAAGUGGACAAGGCUGCCUUGGGAUACGACUACAAGGGAGAGACCGAGAAGCACCAGUCUCAGAAAGACUAUUCAAAGGGUUUUGGAGGGAAGUUUGGGGUGGAGAAGGAGAAAGUGGACAAGGCUGCUUUAGGUUACGACUACAAGGGAGAGACAGAGAAGCAUGAGUCACAGAAAGACUAUGCCAAGGGCUUUGGGGGACGCUAUGGCGUCCAGACAGACCGCAUGGAUAAAAGUGCAGUGGCCUUCACAGACAUGGAAUCCCCUACUUCUGCCUAUGAGAAGAUAAUACCAAUGGAGGCAUCAAGUGCAGGUGCAGGCAACCUGAAGGCUCGCUUUGAGAACCUGGCUCGGUCAUCAGACGAGGAGAACAGAAAGCGAGCGGAGGAGGAGAGAGCCAGGAGACAGGCUAGAGAGGAGAGAGAGCAGGAGGAGGCACGACGCAGACAACAGGAACAGAACAGCAGGGAGGAGGAAGCAGAGCAGCAUCAGCCUCCACCUGUUGAAGAGCAGAGACCUCCACCUGUUGAAGAGACCAACAGGAAGCCCCAACCACCACAGCUGCCCACUGCCAGGGCAGUGCCUCAGAUACCAAGAGAUGAGCCAGUGGAAGAGGAGCCAGUCUAUGACCAGCCCCCGUGCCUGCCCCCACGGUCAAGUGACCUGCUGGAGGCGGAGCCACCUCAGGAGCAGACCCCAUCAGAACCAGAGCAGGAGGAUGAGGGAGAGUAUGAGGAUAUCUCACCAAUACCUUUCCCAGAACCUGAUCCAGCUUUGGAUAAUGACUAUGAGGACCUGACAUGCGGUCAGACCGCAGUGGCCAUUUAUGACUACCAAGGAGAGGCAGAUGAUGAGAUCUCCUUCAACCCGGAUGAUGUCAUCACCAACAUAGAGAUGGUGGACGAAGGCUGGUGGAAGGGACACUGUCACGGACGCAUUGGACUUUUCCCUGCUACAUUCGUGAAAAUGAUGUAGUGAGCGUGCCUAUACAGUCUCCAACACAGACAUAUACCUGAGCCCAUAGGACCUGUGGGUCUUUUCACAGGGGAGACAUCAGCAUAUUGAUCCUAUCGGACAGGUAUAGGUAGAUUAUACCAUGGUAGAAUCUCAAUUGCAUACGCCUCUAUCCUCACUUUCUCAAUACCCAUUGGAGAAGGAACCUCUGGCUUUCUCAUCCAAUGGGCUUUGAGGUGAGGAGGACGCAAGGAGUAUACAAUUGAGAUUCUCCCCAUGUUUUCUAAUCAAUUAAUUUGUAUCUGGUCAGUAGUCAUGACAUAUCAUGGAUAGUCAUUGUGCUUCAUAUUGCUCAGGGUGGGGAUGCAUAAAAGCUGAUUGCUAAAUGUUCCAGUGAAAUUCUCAUACACUUACAUUUCAAAUGAUUAUGGAAGUCAUUUAGCUAUGGAAUGUUUUGUUUAAAAGCCGCAUGUAAUCAAUAAAUUGUCUUAAUGUACAGAAACACA